GUUGUGAAAACAAGUAUGAAGAAUGAACUUGAGGCAGCAAAGAGAAAAUCUUCUCCAAGAGACUUGUUCCACACACCCAUCUUACGAAAGCGGAUAUGUGUCCUGUCCUUAAUGAGAUAUUUAUUUACAGUAUCUAUUUUUGGCCUAUCACUUCACCUCCAACACCUGAGUACUAAUAUUAUCCUGUUGCAGUUUCUCAGUAGUGCAUUGGGCAUACUAUUUAGUGUUAUUGGACAUUUUGUUCUUAAUCACAUGGGACGUAGAAUAACCCAGCUAGUUCUCAUGUCCCUGAGGGGAAUCUUCAUGUUGACAGCUGUAUUUGUACCUCAAGAAAUGCAGACCCUGCGUAUUAUUAUGGCCACAUUGGCAGCAGCACUUUCUUCUCUAUGUAUGUGUGUUAGUAAUCUUCAUAUAAAUGAGCUACUUCCAACCACAUUAAGGGCAACAGGUAUGGGAGUCAUUUCAAUGUUUGGUAAUAGUGGAUUAUUCCUGGCCCCCCUGUUUAUGAUGCUAGCGAUAUACUCUGCCAACUUGCCCUGGAUCUUCUAUGGAGGCUUCUCUAUCCUCUAUGGGUUUAGUGUGUUUCUCCUUCCUGAAACCAAGAAUCAACCUCUUCCUGACUCCAUCCAUGAUGUAGGAAAUGAUUGGAAAGAAUCAAGACAAGCAAAGGAGGAGGAUUCCAUCAUUAAAGUCACAAGGUUUUGAGGAACUCCUGGAAUUGUCGUUUGAUCCAAGAGAAGAAAAUUGUAUUCAGGACAUGGUGACAAUUUUCCCAGAUGAUUACUCAGAAUUCUUUUUUGAUAUUAUCAAACUUCUUGAUAAAUAAAGAUUAACAAGAAAACACAGAUCACAUUCUAAUUGCUGCAAUACAUUAUUAUAUGUCAAAUAUCUAUGAGCAAUCACAUAAGUGAUUUGAAGAAUUAAAAAGAACAUUGAAAGAAUUGAACAGUACAUUGAAAGAAAUCCUGCUUGACAUUUUUUGUAAUCACGUACACCUACUAUGUUUUUGGAUGGUGUAUGCAUUCUAUGUUUCCACUGUUAUCAUAUAAUACCUGAGGAAAUUAAAGGAAGAAAUCUUUACUGUUUUCCCCAAAUCCA